AUAUUAAUAGUUUACGGUUUCCAUCUAACUCUGCUGGGAACUGCAAAGAAAAAAAAAAAAAAAUCAAAAAAUUUUACAGUGUCUUUACUUUUUUUUCUGUCUUACUCAAGAAUUUUUUUUUUUUUAUAUAAAAAAAAUGCCAAUGUUAACGUACAAUGGAACCGGAAAUGGAACAGUGGAGGCAGAUCGUAGUUCUCCAGCCGAAUCGUUUCUUUCGGGCGACGGAGAAUUGGCAGAAGAACCUGGAGAUUCACCGGGAACACUUAGGGACACAGAAGAAGAAGCCACAAUGUCGGAUGAAUUUUAUUCACACGAUACGGACGACGAUGAAGAUCAAAAUAAAAGGAGAAAAAUUCGAUCAAAUUCGAUCGAAACUAUUUCAACAUCGGGUAAUUUAGAUUUAAGUUCACCAACAACCAGAACAGGUGGUCAAGGUGUUAGAAAAUUAUUUACAAAUAGCCGAGAACGUUGGAGGCAACAAAAUGUGAGUGGUGCUUUUGCCGAACUUCGAAAAUUGGUCCCAACUCAUCCACCUGACAAGAAACUAUCAAAAAAUGAAAUUUUAAGAAUGUCAAUUAAGUACAUUAGACUCCUGAGCAACGUUUUAGAAUGGCAAAAGUCCCAGGAACGAAAUGGUUCAAAUCAUCAUCAUCAUAAUCAUCAAAAACAAAGACAGGAUAUGAGAAUAAAAUGCGAAUCGCAUUUUCUCAGUCAAAAUAAUAAUCAAAAAUCAAUUUUAAAAACUGAUAAACUACUAAACGAAAGUGUUAAUUCAUUUCCAUUAGUAAGUUUUAGUUCUGCAACACGACAUACAUCACAAAUUUGUGAUAAAAAUGGAAAUAAUUUAUUAAUGAUUGCACCUUUAAAUCAUAAUCGUUCCAAUAAUAAUAAUAAUAAUUCAUUUCAAAAUUCAGGACAUUCUCAAAAUAAUUAUAAUAACAAUAAUAAUAGUAAUACAUUCACCGAUUGGAUUCGUGGUCAAAAAAUAACAAAUUUCACGAAAUCAAAUCGUUCAUCGAUAAAUUCAAAUAAUUCACAAUUAGUGAAAAUUAUUGGUAAUUUGCAAAAUGAAAAUUGUAUGAAAAAACGAUUAAAAAUUGAAGAUGACAAUGAAGAAUCAUCAAUUUUACCAUUAGAUUCAAGAAUAAAUAAUAAUAAUAAUAAUAAUAAUUUACCAACGUCUAGAUUAGUAAAUUCACAAAAUUCUUCAUUAAAUAAUAUCGUUACAAAUUCAGUUCGUAAACGAGUGAAAAUUUCAUUUGUAAAAGAAACUCUCAGUGAUGGUAAUCUAUCUAGUGAUAAAUCAUAAAAUUUAUUUUGUUAA